UGCUCAUUAAUUCCUGGAACAAACUGAUCCUCUGAAUCUUUACAGCGAAGAAGUCUUCUAUUUGGUAUCAAAAACUCUGACGUCAGGCUUGCUGAAGUGUGGAUGGAGAUCAUGAGGAACAUUCUCUUCGUAGUGUUUGUGACGGCGUCUGUGACUUCAGGGUCUGAGUAUGACUAUGGAGCCCACCCUCGCUUUGUUUGCACCCCGAUCCCCGCCGAUGCAGAUCCUUCCUGUUUCUCCACCACGGGUCCUGGGGUCGGGACAACGGGCUCCAACGGACCAGGACAUCAGAACGCUCCUCCCAGCAGUUGGUGGGGGGUGAAUGACGAAGCCAAAGCCACCAUCCUCCACCUCAGGGAGAGCCUUGUCCAGCAGAAGGAGAUCAUCCUGGACCAGAGGGAGACCAUCAGAGAACUGACGGCCAAGCUCACCAUGUGUGAGGGCUUCGGACGGGGCGUGUCUCCGCACUCGCAUCACCACCCGCACACCGACGAGGGACACUAUAGCAACCCGCCGGGUCACCAUGGCAACGGCCACCUCCAUCCGGACUCACCGGUCUAUCCGUCCUCUGCGGGGGGCCACAAAUCUGACGGCGUUAACCACCAAGGGAAGGAAAAACACAUGACGCCGGGGGACAGCACGUCAUCCACGGAGCAGAUGGAGAGGAUGCUGCUGGUGCUCAAGGAGAGGCUGGACAACUUGCAGAAACGGAACUCCUCCACCGCAUACUCCAGCUCUCUGAGGGACCUGCUGCAGCGCAAGAUCAGCACUCUGGAGGGGCAGCUGCACCACCACAACAACCCCGAACACCACGACGACGACGCCACUCACAGAGACGACGGCGAUCACCCCGCAGACAACCACCACAACGACGACCACAAGGGCGACGCCGGACACGAGGAAAACCACACGGAUCAUCACGACGAUGACGACAAUCAAGACUUAGACGGCGACCACGACAGUCACCAUCAUGAUGAUGAGGAGGAUGCUGAUCACCACGACAACGAGGCUGAUAGUCAUAGUUACCUGCCACACACGGGAUACAGUGUGCCGGGGCCGCGGACCGGCCCCCACUCCAACAAGCUGGAGACGAUUCUCAACCAGCUGCAGCUAACCGGCUCCGGUAGGAAGAACACCCAGAGCCUGGAUGCCUUCCAGAUCAGUUUCCCCAUGAGGACCAACUACAUGCACGGCCGGGUGAAGAGGACGCUGCUGCAGGAGAUCUUUGCCCUCACGCUGUGUCUCUGGAUGAAGGCUGGGGUGGGGCCCGGACUGGGGACGCCGUUUUCUUACUCUGCACCCGGACAGGCCAAUGAACUGGUGCUGAUCGAGUGGGGGAACAACCCCAUCGAGCUGCUGAUCGAUGACAAGGCUGUGACUCUGCCCUUGUCUCUGAGUGAUGGGAAGUGGCACCAUGUGUGUGUGACGUGGACUACACGGGAUGGACUGUGGGAGGCCUAUCAGGACGGAGUCCAGAAGGGAACGGGCACUAACCUCUCUCCUUGGCAUGCUAUCAAACCUGGAGGGGUCUUCAUUCUGGGACAGGAGCAGGACACUCUGGGGGGUCGUUUUGAUGCCACCCAGUCGUACGUGGGGGAGAUGUCCGAGCUGCACAUGUGGUCCCGCGUCCUAAGUGCUGAUGACAUCUACAGCCUGGCGUCCUGCGGCAGCCACCUGCAAGGGGACGUCAUCGCUUGGUCUGAAACAGAGGUGGAGCUCCACGGAGGCGUGGCCAGAUACCCGUUUGACUCGUGUCACUGAAGGACUCGUCAGAGACUCGUUGAGACUGAAGAAGCAGCACAAUAAAAAACAAACACACGUCUGCUGAUGUCCUGGACGCAGAGUGUGUGCCUUCUUUUAAAGUGACUUUUAUGGAUAUUAGUUUUAGAAACAGAAAGAAAUAAAGUGAAAUUGAUCUGUUUGCUGAUGACGUGUGAGGUUUUAGAGGUCCCGAGUCUUAGAUUCAGGCCGUUAAUUGUAUGUUUGCUUUGAAAGUGCUCAGUGUGACAUAUUGUCAUGCUGUUAAUGAGACUUGAGACUGUGGAUGCAUCUUAAAGUUAGUAUAAGGGUUAUGUUACUUUUAAUUUUCUGUUCAAAGGUUUCCAUGAAACAUACAGCUAAUUUACCAAAGACUCUAGAGGAAGAAACGUGUUUUGUUUGUUUUUGUCUGUGUAAAUGUCACAUUUCUAUGCAGCAGGUCUUGAGUGAAAUGCUGAAGAUCCUGCUGGACAGAACUUUUAUUUUGUAGUUAUCAGUUUUGUUCUUGGAAAUAAUAGCUUUUCUUUUCCCCAAAGUUUGUCUUUUUUUACAUGUAAUUAUAGUUUCUCUAUAUUAUUUCGUGUAUUAGUCUUUGAAUUUCUAAAUUUGGCCUUGAUUGUAAACUAAUAUCAUACCAGACGGGAAAAAAAUAAUUUUCCUUUCACUCGUAUUGUUAUUGUUAUCAUUUUUUUAAGUUGUGUAAAUGACAGUGUGAAGUUUAUUUGUAUAGCACAUUUUGUGUACAGACAUUUUAAAGUGCUUUACUUAAAACAAUAAAAGAAACUACUAAAAGAAAUAGUGAAGGUGUGAUUAUUAAAAUAAA